UUUAUUUCACGGUACAAUAUUUCAAUUUAUUUUUAUAGUCAGUUUCGCAAAUAUUUUAGGCACGAUGAGUUUUAUUUGUGUGGUAUUAUUGUGUUUUAAACUCGUCAGUGGAUGUAUUUGGAAGAAUGGAAUCGUUCAUUAUGCUAUUAAUAGCAAGGAUUACGACGCCCAUUCAAAAGAUAUAAUCAUGACAACAUUUUCUCAAUUACAAAAUGAGUUAUGCGUUAAGUUCUUUCAAGCUCAACAGAAUUUAAACACGAGUAAUGGAGAUAAAAUAUUGUACAUAAGUAACCCGGAUAAGUUGAAAACUUGCGUGCCCGUUGCUUACGACUUUAGCAAAAGUGUUAUAGAUAUGCCAAUUGGUUAUAAAUGUCUGAAUCAAAAUGAUAUAGCGAGGACCGUCGUGGAUAUGCUUAAAGCAAGCAUUAAUCCGAAUGCGUCCGCAAUAAAUAGUUUUGAUUUACUCAAAAGAUUCGAAGAUAAGGAUACGCACUCUACAAAUACACUUAUAUCGACUAAAAAUCGUAACUAUAUAAAUUCAAAUUACGAAGCCGAAUGCGGCCGUAUAUAUCAACCGCUACAGAUAAUACAAAGACGUACAAUUGGCAAUGAUUCUGAACAUGCGUUAACUGAUGAUAAUUUGAAUUAUUAUAACGAGAAAUUGUGGCCGUUGGGGAUUGUUUUGUACGGAGUCGACGCAGAACUGAAAAAUUCUGAAGAUUAUAAAACGCUUCAAGAUGCAAUGAACGCGUUUAGGCAAUUCUCUUGUGUAUCAUUUCAAGAGUCUGAAGUUAGUGAUGAAUUGGUAGCGAAAAAUUACAUUUGGUUUGGUAAAGAAGGUCUGGACAUGCCGAUGUUCGGAUUUGAUGGGGCUAGACAGGAAAUAAAACUAUCGUCAUUCCUGCAAGGCGCGCCUGGCCACAAGGGGCAUGUUAUUAAUAACUUGCUAAGAAUUUUAGGCGUCCAUAUGAUGUCUAACCGUUACGACAGAGACAAUUACGUCAUCAUCAAUUGGAAGAACGUCGAAAAGGGCAAAGAACACUUCCUCGAGAAAGCUCCAGAAGCAGCGUGGGUCUCGUCAAUCCCUUACGAUUUUGACAGCGUAAGUCACGCGUCAGCGAACUACAUGUGUGGGAACUGUGACCUUGGGCAGACAACAGUACAACCCAUACAGGAUCGUCUCUGGCAUCGCACGCUGUCAAUGGGCCGAGUAAAUCGUUUAAGUAACCUGGAUAUAUUAUUACUUGAGUUAUUAUAUACUGGAAAAUGCGAAGAACGAUCGAUGAAUAAAAAUAUAUGAUUAAUAAAAUUGUUGUUUAAAAA